AUGCUGGCGAGCGACGGCGGGACGAAGAGCGACGCUCGCAGGAGAACGGCGGCGGCUGGAAGAGGCUCGAGCAACGAGAAGAGCAAAGCGGUGCUGACGGUGGGAUGCUUGUUCGCCCCUGACCUGCCCGGGGGAGUCGACAUGCUGGCCGCCUCUGUCAUGGCAGUGGAGGAAAUCAACGGCGAUCCCAGCAUCCUGCCAAACCACGUGCUGCAUCUGACGGUGCAAAACUACUCCAUAGCCUCUCUCGCUAGCCAGCUCGCAGCAUUUAAACUGCUCGAGAACCAUCCGGUGGCUGUGAUUGGCCCACACACAUCUGACCAGGCCGCCCGAUUUAGCCCAAUUGCAGCCGCAACCCAGGUGCCGGUCAUAUCAGCGUCAGCAACGGACGUGCAGCUCACUCAGGGCGCCACCCGCCCCUUCUUCAUGCGCACCGUGGCCAGCGAUGGCGUGCAGAUGGCCGCCAUGGCAGAGCUGAUAAAGCGCUACAAGUGGCAGGAGGUGGCGCUCAUCUACAGUGACGACCGCUUUGGCCGCAACGGGGUGGCUGCGCUCACCUCACACCUUCUCACCAUCCGUGCGGAGGCGGAUGUGGCAGUGAGGGUGGCCAUCCCGCUGUCAGCCACAGACGAGGCCAUUCACGGCUACAUUUCCUCCCUGGUGCCGCUAGACGUGGCGGUUUAUGUGCUGCACGCGUCCGCCACUGUCUUCUUUACCGUCGUUGAAGCUGCCAAGAAGCUGCGGCUGUAUGCGCGCAGCAGCGUUUGGAUCGCCUCGGAUGGAGCAGCUGUCAUGAGUAUCACGUCCAAUCAACACUUGGAUGGCCUAAUCAUCACAACCACCCACGUGCCCUCCUCACCGCGCCUCUCAUCCUUCCUUGAUCGCUGGAAGCACCUCAAUGCCUCACAGUACCCUGGACUCUCCAUAGAGAGGCCAUCCCCAUACGCGCUCUCGUCCCACGAUGCUGUCUCCCUCGUCGCAUGCGCGCUCCACUCUCUGCUCUACCCCUCCGCUCCUGUACCAACCAACUCGUCCUCCAAUGAGACCACGUCAGCACAGCAGCAGAAAUUGGGGCAACAGCAAACAGUGGGGCAACAGAGGCGAAUGCAGCAGCAAACGGGGCCGCAACAGGAAGAAGGGCAAGAGAAGAGAAUGCAGCAACAAACGGGGCGGCAGCAGCAAGAGGGGGUAGGGCGAGCAUUCCAGCAGCUGGAGCUGCCUGUGCUGCCACCGCUUCCCAACGGCACCCAUGAUGCCCUUGCCCCACCACUCACCCGCCUUCAACAAAGUGCAAUGGGACCGGCACUGCGGGAGGCACUUCUUAAAACCAGCUUUGACGGGCUGCAGGGCAGGAUCGCGCUAACCCCACACGGCGACCUGGCAGCAAACGAGAUCCGCAUUGUCAACAUUCAGCGAGGGGCGCCCGUGGAAGUGGCCCUCUGGUCCUCCACCCUUGGCCUCGUCCCCUCCUCCUCCCGCCCACCUCCCCAGACCUCCUCCUCACCUUCCUCCGCCUCCCCUGCUUCGCCCCCAGGGCCUGUCGCAGACUCCAACGCACAGGUUUUAAACGCUCUUCCCAUCGUUUUUCCUGGAGGACUCACCCAGGCGCCAACUGGAUCAUUUCCCAAGACCCGGCUUCAAAUCGCAGUGCCGAACAAACAGCAAUACAAGGAGUAUGUGAACGUGUCGGACGUGGGCGAGGGCAACAGCCGCUUCUCAGGCUACUGCGUGGAGCUCUUCCGCCUGGCCGUUACGCGGUUACCCUACAAGCUCGACUACGAGUUUGUCUCGUACGGCGACAAGGAUCUCAGCUACACUCAGAUGGUGCUGGCCGUCGCCAACAAGACAUACGAUGCAGCAGUGGGGGACAUCACAGUGCUGGACUCGCGGAGCAAAGUCGUCUUCUUCACCUACCCCAUCCAGCAAUCCGGGCUGGGCGUGAUGGGGUAUUCGCGGCCGUACAGCAACCCGUGGCUGGUCUUCUCCCCGUUUGCACCUAGCAUGUGGGCCAUCACUGCCACCAUCUGCAUCACCACAGGGCUGCUCGCCCUGCUGCUGGACAGGCAAAGGACGCCUGACUUCCAGGGCACGCUGCAGAAGCGCCUUAUGACAGCCGUGUGGUAUGGAUGCCACACAUUCUACUCCAUUCCCGUGUUCCGCAUCCGCACAACGCUUGCAAGGGCAGUCGUAUGCAUCUGGCUCCUGCUGGCCUUCAUUAUAGCCACAUCCUACACUGCCAGUCUCACCGCCAUCCUCACAGUGCAGAGGCUCCUUCCCCAAAUCCUUGACAUAUACUCCGCCCUCACCAGCAACUCGCCCAUCGGGUACCAGCAGGGCUCCUUCGUGCACGCGUACCUGCUGCAGCUGGGUGUUUCCCCUGACAAGCUGGUAUCACUAGCAGGGGAGGGCGAGUAUGCGUCAUCGCUCGAAUCAGGGCGGGUGACGGUGAUAGUGGAUGAGGACCCCUACCUCGACCUCUUCUCUGCUGGUUUCUGCGAUGCCGUUCAGACAGCGCAACCCUUCUCCAUCCUCAACCAAGCCUUUGCAUUCCCCAAGGGGUCGCAGGUGGGCGCGGACAUCUCUCAGGCCAUCCUCGACCUUCAGAUGCAAGGGGAGCUGGAGCGACUCAAGGAUCAGUACUUGCAGAAGGACAACAUGUGCGUCGAUGAUCAGGUGGCCUCUGCCGUGCUCACGGAGGUCAACGUGCAGAAGUUCACAGCGCUGCUCAUCCUCUACCUCGUCGUCUCGCUGCUCUGCUGUGUCUCCUAUGUGGGGCUCCUCAUCUACCGCGGUUACCGCUACCACCACCG